UAUGGCGUAGGGAAAUCAGAAAAUGCACGAACAGUCUGAGUUUUGCCGUUGACUUAGCUGCUAGCCGGUGCAGAGUGCGGCUAAGGAAGGUAAUUCGGUGAUUCCGCGAUAGUGUGGGUCGCAGCGUCUUGAGUUCGACACCUUGAUAAGAUCGUUACGAGCGUUUUCUGUAAGCCAGGGAGAAUGAGUGCAAUGAUAGGAAACCCAGUUAAUUAGUUUGCGGAAAAUCAGUUAACUGUUUCUAGUGUGAUUCAUACAUAGUCGUGCGGUCAAGAUCGAAUAGUAGUUGAACACGCAUUGCAUGAUCCGGUGGAUCUGGUCCGCCUGAGUGGGAAGCUGAGGUACUAGAACCACAGUUUAAUUAAGGAAAGGCGAUCCUUCCUAUCUUUCCCAUCUAUGUAGUAUCGAGAAAAAGAAAAUAAGUCUAUGGUGCAGUAAGACUUUCGAAGUCUCCGGUAUCCAAGCUGGUAUUCGCCGGCCCCUGUUGGGACUGACCUUUGUAGGCGGUCGGCCAGAGUCUCAGCCAUUUGGCAAAUUACACUCGCGGGUUAUACGAUCAGUGACCUCUUGGUCGUGAAUCACCGAGGGGUCAAUAACGUUUCAUGUUGUGGUUACAGCAUCUCCCUUUCGAGUGUAGUGGUCGCGAUCUUAAGAUGGAUUUAUGGGUACUAUGCGGUCUUAAGUGAAUCCACAACGUGUUUGCUUCGAAAUCCAAAAUAGGCAGUGAAUGUAAUCAUUUCUUACCCUUUCAUCCGUGAAUUUGUAUGUGGCUCUUCGUGUACAUGUAACAGAGUGUAGAAGUUACUCGAUUCUUGGAACCUUUGGAUCUAUAAUAAUCUAAAUAAGGAAUACACCUAACGAGUUUUCGAAGUGCAACGAGUCAGCAGAAAGCAGCUCCAGCUAUAGCCAGCCGUGCGCAGUCUUCUAACAUGGAUAUUGAGUCGGACGAGUCGGAACGUUGGGAGGACUUUUUUGGCAGUUCCACCGAUCUAACACCUUCACUGAUUACAUUCUAUGACAAAUUGACGUGCAAUCAUUUCCACGAAGACAGCAACGGCAGCGCAGACGCCACGAAGAUAGCUGCAGAGGAAUCCAGUAAUAAUAGCAGUCAGCCAACCAUUGAAAAGGAAGUUGAAGUAGUUACUAGUAGCAGCGCAACAUUUAUUAGUAAAGUGCAAUCAGUUAACCAUAGUCAGGCAACGUCUAAUGGCGUAUCAGCGAAACAUUGCAAUUUUCGAAUAUUAUCGCCCAACGUCCAGCGUUUGAUAUCGAAUUCAAACUCAACGAACGUGGAUCGGAUUGAGAGCGGUGUAGGACAUUACCACAAUUUAAAUAACAGCUUCUCUAGCAAGUCCAGCAAACGGAUCGUUGCCAAACAGAAGCUGUCGCAUAUUCCGCUUUCCAGAAAUACAUGCAAGUUGACCCAAGCAGGGAGCGAAUUGGUCGAAACUUUCGACUCAAGCCUGUCGAGUAAUGAGUCAUUAGAUAAUUUGCAAACACCAACGAAUAGGUCAUCUGGCAAUUGCAAUACUGCUGUCGACUACGAUAAAACCCCCACAAAUUCACAUCCAGAAACAUUUAGUUUCGAUAGUGCAAUUGGAUCGAAAGCUAAUGCAAUCAGUGAAUCAACCCCUCUUGAAUCGGACAGAGGUAGUGCUGAUGCUUUAACUAAAGAGAAUCUCAUCGAAGAUAUCCACCAGGCAGAAGCUGAUCGAAUAUCAGAAAUUAUCCAAAGGUUCCACCAAAUGUACACUUCAACCCUCUUCGACAAAGAUGAACACAUAAAAGACUCAAUGGAUUCGAUUUUGGAGAACAAUAUCCGUGAGCUUCACGGUUCCAACGGAAAAACCACAUACGAAACAUACAACUAUUUAGUGCGGAAACCAAACUCCAAUGACGAAUGUUCCAUCGAUAAUGCGAAUAACUACCUUAAUGAGGCCAAGGAAACCAUUAAGAACGAGGCAAUCAGAACACCGCCAGAUAGUCCGCUAAGUUCACAUAAAAAACUCAGCCCUUCAUCCUCUCCACUUUUAACUUACUCCCGCACUAAGAAACUUGGUACCAAAUCAAUUUCACACGCUCAGAAAGGUAGCAGAAAACAUUCUCCACCAUCGUCUCCUGUGGAAUACGAUGCAGACACUCUCACCGAGCUUAAACCACCAUCACCAAACAACAAUCGUCCCAACUCACUGCUGGGAAUGACUAAAGGGAAGCACAGACCGCUUUCGUCUUCAUCAAUUUGUUCAACAUCGUCGAAUUCAAGUUCAGGAUCUGAACAUAACCACGGCGGUAAGGCCAAUAUAUCCUAUUUGGCAAGCGUAGAAAGCUUGGCAGAUCAUAGUGAAAAUGAAAAUUCUGAAAGGAGAGGUAACAACUUGACGAUCCUGAAGAGGGCUUGCAUGGAAAUCAUUGAUUCCGAGAGGACUUAUGUGAAGGAUCUGUUUCAAGUUAUCGACGGCUACUUAAUUCGGUGGAAGGAUGACGCAAGUCUCAAAGAGGACGAUUUGAGGACUUUAUUCAGCAACAUCCAGGAGAUACACAGCUUUAAUGCAGAUCUUCUCGAUCAGCUAGUGGAGGCCGGCAACGAUCCUGUCCAAAUAGCGAAGUGCUUCAUUGAUCUCAAAGAUCGUUUUAAUGUUUACACAACGUACUGUACCAGUUACCCAGAAGCAAUAGCAUUACUUACAUCGCUUUUUAAAGCUACACACACAAAUACACUGCUUACGUUGACACAAAAAAGUCUAAAUCAUACACUGCCACUGGGAUCGUACCUUCUCAAGCCUGUUCAAAGGAUCCUGAAGUAUCAUCUUCUAUUGGAUAACUUACGCAAACGCUGUGAUAGCGAGGAGGUCCUUCAAGCCCAUGCUAUUAUGCGAGAAGUAGCACGCAACAUUGACCAAGUCAAGAAAAAGCUGGAAGAGAAAAGUCGCGUGAAAGAGGUGGAAAACAUAUUAGAUGGAUGGUUAGGACCAGAUUUAACCGUACUGGGAGAACUAAAGCAGGAAGGCAUCCUGAUGGAAAACAACAAACCCAGACAUGUUUUCCUUUUCCAAACGAUGCUUAUUAUUACAAAGCCCAAAGAAGAUGAACGACUACAAUUCAAGCAAUAUAUUUGUCGCAACAAUCUUAUGCUACGUGAGCACUUACCCUGCGAGCCAACAAGUUUCAACGUCAUCCCUUACGAUGACCCUCGGAAUCAAAUCAAACUCACAGCCAAAAAUCGUGAUCAAAAACGAGAAUGGACCCAGAAUAUCAAGGAUGUAAUGCUAGAGCAAUUCGAUAUUCCCAGCCGAGCAAAGGAGCUAGUCUACAAGCUUGGCGAUGAGGAAGAUCGUACCCCGGAUAAAAACAUCUGGAAGUGGGGUUCAAACUCCACUACUCCAGUUUACUUGGAGCGACGCAACCAAUACCGGCGUAGUGAGAUGCGAAAUCGAUCGAAAAUGAAGCGAAAAACCAUUACCAAUUCCACCUCCUUGGAUGGUUUCAGUACCAGCAAAGACUACGCAAACACCCUAUGCCGGAAACAAAGCAUGGACGAUACAAUGAUGCCAUCAAUGUCAGAGACAUCAACCUUCAUCACUCCGCAAAAACUCAAACCUGGUCGCUGCAACCACACUACAGGGGUAUGUCGCUGCAGUUUAAUUCGUCAGGAAUUCGAGAAUUUAACAGACCAAAAUAAUAUGAAAGAACGGAGUCAAUCGGUACCACGAAUUCCUGGCACAGGCGAUAGCGACGAAGAAAAUCAAGCUUUGGAAAAUGUUCAAAGAAAAACCUCAGAUUCAAGUGCCUUGUAUAAAUUUUCCACUUUGGGUCGGUCAAAGUCGAAAGUUGGGGACGUAAAAGUGUACACAACAAAAAGUAUUCCGAAAAGAAUUGCAACAAUCAAAAAGAACAAAGCAAGAAAAGAGACUUCGAAGUUUUACAUGGAUCUGAGUGAUUUUGACGAUACUGUCUUGAAGAUCACCGAAUCCACGGAAAAUCUCCAAUCUGAGAGAAAAGAAAAAAUUCAAACCCAAAAGUCUGAAGAACCAACCCGUCAGGAAUCUCCUCAACCACCGGUAGAGCUGACAGAAGAAGAGAAGACCGAAAGAGAGAUGACGAAAGACAAACUUAAAAAAGAUGCUGAAAUAAUCUCCGAACUUCUUAAGGCCAAUUUGAAUCGGGCGGCCAAAAAACCACCUAAGAAGCGCAGCCUGGAUAACACAUCGGCCCUUUCAACCUCCGAUCUAGGAGCUAAUGAUGAGAGAGACGAUGAUGUUCCGCCUCCAUUACCUUCCAACUCACCUCCACCACUGGAUAUAGACGACCAUACUAAUCAGCGUACUUCGGCGGAGGAACACAUUUACGAGUCACUUCGACGGAACGUUCACGUCCCCUACAAAUUCUCUCCAGUAUUGAAUCGUUCAAAGUCACAACAGUAUUACUCAAUCAAUAAAGUGGAGAAAAAGUCACGAAGUUUGCCUCGUCCUGAGUCUGAUUAUGUAACUUUAGUAUACACAGAGUCAGGGAACUUAAAGGACGUUGUUGAAACCACACCUCAUAUCACACCAGGGAACGAAGUCCUGCGGAACAGCGACUCUAAUAUAAACUACGAAAGCAUGUCUAAAAAUAAAUCCUCGCCAACCUCAUCGUCUCAAUGUUUCUCAUCAAUUGGUGAUUUGCAGGCACACGAGGCGAUUACCAAUCGAUCUUCAAAGAAUUUGCUACAGCGCUUUAUCAGUGUCAAAGGAGAAACUCAUGUUUCGGCCUCAGAAAGCUCUUUGUUACCACGCUCCAAAAAGGCAAGUGAGGCUUCCGGCAUAGCUCGUGGAAAUAAACCUCCAGAACGACGAGUAUCUGAUGUUACUGAGAUGUGCCGGCAAAGUAUUAUCCAUCGACAAGGCAGUGAUGCCGUUGGGGAAAGGAUGGCCAAUGCAGAUUACGUCGACCCACGCUCCCUCUUUGUGAAUUCCGCAAAUAACUCAACAGUUUCAUUGGAUCCCCAAAGAGACUCGGUAUUUUCACUGACUUCAUCCAACGAUAGCGUAUCAGAGAAUAACAGGAAGAAUUCAACAAUCCAAGAGGAGACAAUUACAACGACGGCCAAUGAGUACUUCGAAUACGAGGAAAAUGUUGAAGCCUGUCUGGAAAAUGACUUUCGUGAUUCAGCUGUUUACAGCGAUGAUAACGAACGCAGGCAGGAUUAUGACCAGGGCGAACUUUUGGAAUUUCAGUUGAGUCCACCACCCCUGCCCAAGAAGAAAGCUAGUGUAACGAAUGGAGACAGAAAAUCUGGAAGUGCUGAGAAAGGCGUGAAGGGAACUCAUCGCGGGGCUCCACCCCCAAUACCAGCUAAACCUCUGUUUGUUGUCACAAAGCGGCUGAGUUCCGCCAUGUCCACCCCAGAGACCAACUCGCCUGAGCUGAAAUCGCCUCUAGGGAGUGAGGGAAAGAGUUGGGUCUUAAAACAAAUUGAAAAUUUCAGCAAAUAAUGAAUGAAUUAGUGUCAAACCAUUUUUUGGUAUUUUAAAAUUUUUAGACCCUAGGAUAUCGGUUAGUUUCUAUUUAUCAGGUUUCAUUGUCUUUGGCUUCGCAUAAUAUAAAUUCAAUCGAACGAUUUGAUCUGCUACUAAAAUAAUGCCAUAUUAGGGUAGAGCUAUUUUCUAACUUUUAUGUAAUUUGCAAUUGUUUAGAUUAGAUGAAUGCAAUAUAGACCAUACAAUUUAAAUGGAGAAAAUAUUUAGUGUGAAUCGCCUCGGCGGCCAUUUAUCGUAUUAUUUCCAAUUGUGUUAUUAUUUUAAACAUUUUAAAUGUUAACUGAUCAAGGUUUGAAUUGUUUGUAAAAGUUGUUUUGGAAUAAGCUUUGAGUAUAAUAUAAAUAAAGGUAAUGUUUGUAAA